AUGGUAAAAGGGACGACACCACCAUUGUCGCCCUCGAUUGCCGCUGCGAAGUCAUCACGCGUGGAAAGCUGGAUUCAACAGCUCUCUGCGUCUUCUCCUACUCACGCCGAUGCUCUUUCCCCGCCCGCAACACCUGAGAACCGUUCGUCGCUAAAGCGGAAGCCCGAGCCCUCCCCGCCCUGUACCUAUGCAAUGUCAGCACGCAAUACCAGCCCUAAGCGACCCAGGCGCGAUACCGAGAUAGAAGUUCUGCCUGCCCACAGCGCAUCUGCAGUCGGGGCGGCUUCGAGCUCAAGCGCGCUCAUGCUCAAUGAGACGAAUACCUUCAGCCCACCAGGCAGCCAAACAAGCAUCAAAAGCUCUCGCCGAGCAAAUAGCCCCUCCCGGGAUAACAUCACCGUAUUAGCUUCUGCAUCUCCUCCGACAAUAACAGAACCGAGCUCCGGGCUGAAGACACCGCCACCGCAGAGGGUUAGGAAUGUCAUAGAGCAGCUGGAGGACGGGCUGGGCAGAGGCUGGAUACCUGGUCAAUUACGGAAGUCAAUUGAAGAAGAUGCAGACUUUGGAUACCAAAGGAUUGAGUCUCAUGCAUGGGAUGACCGCACGACGCCCUGCCUCUCAGAUAAGGACAUUGAUAGCAAGGAGCUUGAAGCACUAGCAUAUGUGCUACGGAAAAUAAAGGAGAUCUGGUUAAACGCGCGCAUGUGUCAAGCGAGGGGCCGUGAUGAAAACGCAUGGUGUAUGGAUGUAAUCCAGCCGCUGAUAAAGCUUGCCAUGAGGCUAGAAGGAGAUGAUAAAUUCUGGCUUCAGAGUGUACAGUCGCAGGCUAUCGCUACUGAGUUUCUCUCCUCGGUGACUGAUACUUCUGGCAAACCUCGUAUACUUGACCGCAAAGCCGACUUUACACUCUCCUUCUCCCACAUGCCAUCACCAGGCUUCGAGGACUUGUAUACCCGCUUAAGAAAUGUAAGGAAUCCCGUCGUAAGCCACAUGGCGGACGCUUUUACAAAGACAACGGCCCUUUUCUCAUGUGUUGAGGUUAAGCCUGCCAGCGGCGACCACACAGAAGCAGAGUAUCAACUCAGCAUAUGGAUGGCAGCUAGCUUACGAAAGAAAAUGCAACUUGCACGGCGUGUAGGACUAAUUGGCAAAGACAAUUUAGUAGAGCCAUGUUUCGCUAUCGUGGGACAUGACACGCAUGUUUACUUUGCACACGUUGUGUUGGAAGACAGGGACACGGUGCGUAUUUUGGGGCCCGAGACUGGCUCCUUAGGUCUCUGUGAGACGAGAAGUGUGAGUGGCAUCUUUCGGGCGCUGAGACUUUGGCAAAACGUGAUCCGGUAUGGGAGGGAUGAAGGGAGCAAUGGGUUUUGGGGUAGCUUCAUGGGAAUAGUAUUGCAAAAGCUCGCUGGAGACGCCGACGAAGGAUACGGUGCUCCUCCCGCUUCUGCCGUGUAG